CUGCAGUUUGUUAACGUGCCGUGGAGACGGGUGUUUAUCUUCAGAGCUCAUCUGGCCUGUUCGAGAGCUCCUGCCAAGGUCCUUGUAUCAGUAAAACGUGAUAUAUUGAAGAGGACUUUUGAGAGUGCAAAUGGCGCCCGCUGUUGGUGGUCCUGAAGGCUACACACCCCCUGAGGGUGGCUGGGGAUGGAUGGUGGUGGUUGGGGCCUUCAUCUCUAUUGGCUUCUCCUAUGCAUUCCCCAAGUCCAUCACUGUCUUCUUUAAAGAGAUCGAGGUGAUCUUCGACGUGACCAGCAGCCAGGUGUCCUGGAUAUCUUCCAUCAUGUUGGCCGUCAUGUACGGCGGAGGUCCCAUCAGCAGCAUCCUUGUGAAUAAAUAUGGGAGUCGUAUUGUCAUGAUGUCGGGAGGACUCCUGUCCGGAUUGGGCCUCAUUGCUGCGUCUUUCUGCAAUUCUGUUCAAGAACUGUACUUUUUUAUUGGUGUGGUGGGAGGUUUGGGAUUGUCCUUCAACCUCAACCCCUCCCUCACAAUGAUUGGAAAGUACUUCUACAAGAAGCGACCUAUUGCUAAUGGAAUAGCCAUGGCAGGCAGCCCUGUCGUUCUCUGCACCAUGGCUCCUAUAAACACCUGGCUUUUUGAGAAGUUUGGCUGGAGAGGAAGUUUUUUGAUCCUGGGUGGAGUGCUCUUUAAUUGCUGUGUCGCUGGUUCCCUCAUGCGGCCAAUUGGACCAAAACCAAAACCUUCAGAGAAGACCACAGAGAAGAGGACUGUAGUCCAGACCAUUAACAGCUUCAUCGACCUCUCAUUGUUCAAGCACCGCGGCUUCAUGCUCUAUAUUGGAGGAAAUGUCAUCAUGUUUUUCGGUCUCUUUACACCACUUGUGUACCUCAGUAAUUAUGCAAAGAGUAAAGACAUCCCUAAAGACAAGGCAGCUUUCUUACUGUCUGUGCUGGCUAUUGUGGACAUGGUGGCCCGGCCAUCAAUGGGGGCCUUGGCUAACACUAAGUGGGUUCGACCCAGAAUACAGUACUUCUUUGCUGUAUCUGUUCUAUUUAACGGCGUUUGCCACAUUUUAUCACCAUUAUCAGUUGACUUCACAGGCUUUGUGAUUUAUUCCAUCUUCUUUGGGUUUGCUUUUGGCUGGCUGAGUGCAAUUCUGUUUGAGACGUUGAUGGACCUGGUGGGAACUAAGCGCUUCUCCAGUGCUGUUGGGCUGGUCACUAUUGUGGAGUGUGGUCCUGUGUUGUUGGGACCCCCUUUGCUCGGGAAGUUUAAAGACAUCUAUCAUGAUUACAAGUACACAUACCAGGGCUGCGGGAUCCUCCUCAUCGUCUCCAGUGUUAUUCUGUUUGCAGGGAUGGGACUCAACUAUCGACUGCUGGACAAAGAGAACAAAGAGGAAGAGAGACUGGCCAGGGUGGAAAGUGAAGAACAAAAGUCCAUCAUGGAAAAUAGUGCCAAGGGUGUGUCAGAUGCUAGUAACAAGGAAGACACUGUCUAGUAUUGUAUAGUAUGUUAUGUUACAUUUAAGUUCAGUUUUAACAGUGCCUGUGAGGCAAGUUAAGCUAUUUACACACCUAUUAAAGGCCUUUUAACUCAAAUAAACAAUACACAUAAAAGGCCUCUUAUAUUCAUAUAGGGACUGUUACAUGAAUUUGGUAGACAAUUCAAGUGUGCGCUUAUAGGAAAUAUCUGUGUAAAAUCUGAGAUGGUAUC